AAUAAUUGUAAUUAAUAACUAACCCGCAUGCACUUUGGCGAACUGGCCUACUGGAAAUAGCCAUCAAAAUCUCAGCACAACGACAGACCAAAUAUUAAAUUACUGCAUAAUUUUGAAAAUGUUUUUUUUUCCAAACAGUCCUGAAACACUGACGACCUGCUUUUUCCACAUUAUGGCUAUACAAUUUAAAAGGUAACAUGCUCACUGCCAAUGAUUAUAUAUUUUUAUAGCAGAUUAUUAUGGCAACUAACUUGCUUCAAUGUGAAACGAUCGUUGUAAUGCGUGUGUGGUGUGACCAUGAGUUGAGCUCAACAGCGCUGCCUGUGGACAGAACGGCCACACCCGCUCUCAUGAACACUAACAGAUCUGUCAUACACUCAAGUGCAACCCGCACCAAUAGACGAUGUAAUCGGAAUUGUUUAACAAAUCAAUCCUAUUGUAACAGUAAUUGAUAACCGCAUACAAAUAUGGAGUCCCCGCCAGAGCCUGUCACGCUGUCGGACAAGAGCGCUUCUGAAGCGGGCGCUUCGGUGGAGGACAGCCCGGUGAAACCGGACAGCAAGGCUGAAACCGACAAACCAGCAGCAGUUAAGCGGCAGAGUUGCUCAAGUACAAACAAGGAUGUUUCCUCAGCAAAGAAAGCACACACAUCUCAGAUUGAGAGUAUUCCCUGUAAAAUCUGUGGAGAUAAAUCAUCAGGGAUUCAUUACGGAGUCAUCACCUGUGAGGGAUGCAAGGGUUUCUUCAGGAGGAGUCAGCAGGGCACUGUGUCAUAUUCUUGUCCUCGGCAGAAGAGCUGUCUGAUCGACCGCACCAGCAGAAACCGCUGCCAACACUGUCGCCUGCAGAAAUGCUUAGCAGUGGGGAUGUCGAGAGAUGCUGUGAAGUUUGGCCGCAUGUCUAAGAAACAGAGGGACAGUCUGUUCGCAGAGGUUCAGAAACACCGUCAACAGCAGCAGCAAGACAAAGUUGGUAAAGAUACAGACGACGGACGGGAACCACAGCCUCCUGGAGAGGCGGAACCGCUCACGCCCACUUACGCCAUCUCGGCCAAUGGGGUCACAGAGCUCCCCGAUGACCUCGGCGGAUACGCGAACGGUCAGACCCCGGACGGGGGUAAGGCCGAUUCAGCGAUCGGUGGAUUUUACCUGGACAUUCAGCCCUCUCCAGACCAAUCGGGUCUAGACAUGGAUGGCAUUAAACUAGAACCUGUGUGUGACCUCAGCUCAGACUCUGGCUUAGAUCAAUAUUGUUGCUAUAGCAAUGAAGACUCUUCUCCCUCUGACAGUGAUCUGGACCAUCUGUCAGAGAACAUCUGCAAGUCUCACCUGGAGACGUGCCAGUAUCUCAGAGAAGAGCUAAAGCCCAGCAACUGGCAGACAGUCCUACAGGCCGACCUGGACGCCUACCAGAAAAAGUCUCAGGAGGACAUGUGGCAGCUGUGUGCGGUUAAAGUCACUGAGGCCGUGCAGUAUGUGGUCGAGUUUGCCAAGCGCAUUGAUGGAUUCAUGGAGCUCUGUCAGAACGAUCAGAUCGUGCUGCUCAAAGCAGGUUCUUUAGAAGUUGUGUUUGUGAGGAUGUGUCGGGCGUACAACUCCCAAAACAACACAGUCUUUUUCGACAGCAAAUACGCAGGGCCAGAGGUCUUCAAAGCUCUGGGCUGUGAUGAUCUUAUCAGCUCGGUGUUUGAGUUUGCUAAAAGCCUGAGCUCUCUGCAGCUCACCGAAGAUGAGAUCGGCCUCUUUUCAGCAUACGUGCUGAUGUCUGCAGAUCGCUGCUGGGUGCAGGAAAAGACCAGAGUGGAGAAACUCCAGCAGAAGAUCAAGGUCGCCCUGCAGAAUUUACUACAGAUGAACCAAAGGGACGAGGGAAUUCUCACAAAGCUGGUCUGUAAAGUAUCCACUGUCCGGAUGCUCUGCCGUCGUCACAUGGAGAAACUGAGCGCGUUUAGAGCUCUGUACCCAGAAAUGGUGCACACGCGCUUCCCUCCGCUCUAUAAAGAGCUGUUUGGUUCGGACUUUGAACAGGCUCUGCCUCAGGAGGCCUGAACGAGAGAGAGACUCAUCUCGAUGCUGCACGAAUCCAUAAAGAGAGACUAAGAGAAAGAGAGACAGAGAGAGAGAUAAUACUAACAUGCUGACAAGAACUCUAAGCUCACUUCAGCCUCGGAUCAUGUACACUGCAUUCUCACAAAGCACUUCUUAGAGUCCAGCUGCACUUUGAACUCGUCCCUCUGGCCAUGCGCCCGACAGCUGGGUGAUCUGAAGAACAGGAAACAUCAGACGGUUGACAGAAACUGUCCUCGGGGUGCCGGCCCCUAUUCUAUCUUUUAGCGUCCCAACUGCAUGAGAUCUCAGUGUUGAGAGCGAGCAGACACGCCCACUGCGUGUCUUUAAAUACCCCAGCGGUGCCCUCUACUGGUUAUAGAGGGUAAAUCAGAGACAGGAAAUGAACGUCUGAUGCUGAAAUCCCUGUCUUUCUCCACCGGUGGCACAAUGUACAGCCCAUGUUGGUGCUAACUUGACAGCACUGCCCUUUUCUGACCUCUUCCACUAUUCGGACCUUCAGCAGGGACAUCACAGGCACAAACACUGCCACGGCCCCUGGAGAAAACAGCGGAGACGCACAAGGCAUGACGUGGGACUCGAACCUGAGACCUGAAUCACUAUUGUAGUGAAACGUUGACUGUCGUGUUUUCAUGAUCAAAUGGCAUAUUUUGAGGCAGUGAGUUCAACUACACGCAUAUAUAUGUAUGUACUUGCUAUAUGGUUAGUUAAAUCAUGCAAUGUAUGAUGUAUAGAACCUAACAAAAGGUAGCACUUUGUGUUUUUCCCAGCAAUAAACAAUUGAAAUUGUGCGAGAGAAAAAAAUCUGAAGGAACGUGCUGUUGUUUUAGAUCGGUGAGAUCUAAAAUGUUGUUUUUUUCUGUGUUUUGUUACAUUUCUGUCGUUUAAAGCCAGCUCUCUGUGUCUCUAGAUGGUGAAGUGACACCCUGUUGUGCCAUAGUGAUUGUGUAAUUAGAUUUUCAUCAAAGAGAGUUGUGUUAAGAGAUGAUUGACAGGGGCAUGUGUUGACAUUCCAGGAAAUCUUGCAGUUUAUAUUAAAUGUCAUUAAGUUAGAGGUGGUUUCAAUGUAUUUUAUGCACACGGUACUGCAGCUGAGCAGAGAAAAGGAGAGACAGAAACGAUUGUCUUUCUUAUCUUUGUAGCUUUGUGCACAGGCUCUUUCUAAACAAAACACCCAACAAGAUGUCAGAUCUUUGUGUCAACACUUUUGUGCCCUCGACCGACAAACACACAAACCAAAUUUGAUGCAUUUAGCACAGAGCCAACAUAACAAGGACAGCAAUAACCUUUAGCAAAGGUGUUCCAAUCUAACAUUUGCGUUAAAUGUUUUUUGUAAGGGCUGGCACUGCUUUACUUGUAGUAUUGUUGAUAGUAUCUGAUGUCGUGAAAGACAAUCCAUUAAAUAUCUGACCUCAUUAAAGGGUAUAUUGGAACUGCUCAGGGAAACUAUUGUUUUAUAGUCGAGGCGGCCAAUGAACGUGUCGGAGACUGCGAUGGUGUAUGAAAAAUAAGUGUGCAAAAUUUACAGUAAAAUAUUGUGAAAUUGUUUCGUCCUCUUCUAGCAUCAGGGUCAGCCAUGUAAAUGAAGAAUUAUCCCAAAAAAUACUGAGCAGAAAGCAAUAAUAGUGGCAUAAUCACAUUUUGCGAA